CGUCUGACUUUUUGUCUUAACAAUCUUUCUUCAAUCCUCGCGUAACCCCAAAGGAUAGUGACAGAAUGGGUAAAGGAACCGACAAACUCUACAUCACACACUCGGAGUGGUCAUCUUCUGACGCCUUCGGCACCAAUCGCGGCGCAAACGGCGCAAACCGAGCCUCUGCCGCCGGCCUUUCUUCGACCUUCAGGCGCCUGCCCUUCAACUACUGCGCCGUCUCACUGCAGCCCUUCACAGAUCCUGUAUGCACCGCGUCAGGGACCAUCUUCGACCUCACGCAUAUCCUCACAUGGCUUUCGAAACACCCCGACACGAAUCCCACUGACGGGACGCCGUUGAAGCGCGCCGAUUUGAUCACGCUGAACUUCAGCAAGAACGAAGAUGGCGAAUAUGUGGACCCAGUCACAUACAAGGUGUUUACAGACAAUACACAUAUUGUUGCGCUGAGGAAAAGUGGAAAUGUAUUUGCGUGGGAUACGGUGGAGAGACUAAACAUCAAGGCGAAGAAUUGGCGGGAUCUAGUUAGCGACGAUGAAUUCACGAGGAAAGACAUCAUCACACUCCAAGACCCGCAGAACAUCGAGUCAAGAGAUUUCGGAUCGUACAAGCAUGUCAAGGAGGGAGACAGGAUACUGCCGGAGCCAGAGAGCGGUGUGAACAAGGAAGCGCUGGGCAAUGCUGCAAAGAUCAUCAAGGCGAAAGAAGCUGUAGCAAAAGCGCGCGCCGAUAGGCAAGCCAAAUCACAGGGCGCCCAAACCUCCAAAGCGCUCGCGAACGUCUCAAGGAACGGCGCAACAUCAUCCACAACAGCUGAACCCAGGAAACCAGCUUACAAUGCCGCGGUAUACACCUCCGGAAAAGCUGCCGCAUCCUUCACCUCGACGGGCGUAACCCCACACACUUCAGACGAGCGCGCCCUCCUAUCAGACGAAGACUACAUGCUCAAGCCCAAGCGCAUCAAGCACAAAGGCUAUGCCCGAAUAUCCACAUCUCUCGGCGACCUGAACAUCGAACUCCUCCCCGAAUAUGCGCCGCGUGCUGUCUGGAAUUUUGUGGGACUUUCACAAAAGGGUUAUUACAAGGAUACCAUAUUUCAUAGAAAUAUCAAGGGCUUUAUGAUCCAGGGCGGUGAUCCGACAGGGACGGGGAGAGGUGGGCAGAGCAUCUGGGGCAAGCCAUUUGACGAUGAGUUUGAGGGGCCGGAGAGGCACAAUGCGAGGGGGGUACUAUCCAUGGCCAACAAGGGCAAGGGCACCAAUACUUCACAAUUCUUCAUCACAUAUCGCGGGGUCCCGCAUCUUGACCGCAAACACACCAUCUUUGCGAGGGUCGUAGGCGGCUUGGACACUACGCUACGGAGUAUGGAGCUCGCAGAAGUCGGAGAGAAGGACAAACCGGUCGAUGACAUUGAGAUUCUGGAUGUGGUGGUAUUCGUCGAUCCCUUUGAGGAGUGGCAAAAGGAGCGCAAGGACAAGGAGAAUAAGGACCUAGAGGCUGAAGAAAUCAAACGACAAGGAGGCACAGUCGAUGACAAGACAACGUGGACCGGCAAGAGGAUACGAGCCGACGGCACGGUGGAUAAUGGGAGUGGAGCAGGCUUAGGCGUGGGCAAGUACUUGCAAGCUGCGAAGCAAGAGAUACAAGACCAAGGGGAUGAUGAGAUUGUAGGCUACGUGGAUGACGAGGAGGAUGUCGCGCCAGCAAAAAAGAAGGCCAAAACAGGAGGCUUCGGGAAUUUCGAUGCUUGGUGAGCUACACGAUUGGUUUGAAGAUACAGGAGCGAUUCGAUACCCCAAAUACGAUAGCAUUCAUUCUUCGACUUUCGACAACGGUGCAUGUUCCUUUUGCGAAACUUUGCUCAGCCCCUCGUUGACCCCGAGUUCGACAGUUCGACACCGACGAUGAACCAAUCAACGUUUGGUGGGGAUGACUUUACGCCCGUCUGAUAGAGUUAGGGCACCACCUGGACAGAAAAGAGUGGUUCUACUAUUCUGAGUGAUGCAUUAAGAUGCUCUACCUAUUAUCAGAUUGCGGGGAGCUUACUACUCAGAAAGUGUGCGAUUGUCAUCGUCUAGGUGGCGAUAGAGCUGAUAGCGCCGAGCGUGGUGUUUA